CUUCAAAGAGGGAGAAAAGCCCAUUUCAAUGAUGUCGACAGAAUGUGUUCAGCCACUUGAUAUCCCAGAAGACAGACGGGACAAGCGAGAUUCACACUGUAACCACUUAGAAGAUCUCUCAGAGCAGCUGAUUAAGAGCUGUGACCUCAAAAAGAAACCCAGAACAGGUAAAACCAUCCUGGCUUCCCAAAACACUGAACAGGAGCAAAAAAAGCCACGGAGAAAAGAUACACCAGCUUGGCACACCCCACCGCCUCUAACAGGCAUACUUUCAGACUUUUCUGAUAAUCUGCUGAAAAGGUAUGGUAUCACAGAGAAGCCACAGAGAGAGAGAGUGAGUCCAGGCUCUCAGAUCACUGAACUGGAGCAGAAAAAGCCCAGGAGAAAAGAUACACCUGCAAUACACACUCCACCCUUGAUAAUAGGCACUAAGCUGCUUACAGAAGAGAAGCAAACAGUGAUUAUGGAAGAUGAAGAAAAGGAUGGAGACACAAUCCCCAGUUAAGAUUACAGUGAUAUUUCCAAUAAUGCAAUGUAAAUAAUUCUGGGUCAUUCAAAGUGGCAGCACAUAAAAAAAAAAGUCCUUUCAUUUUUAUAAAUAAUAAUUUUCUCAAGCACGCACUUGAAAUUCAAUUAUCUUCAAGUGCUUAUCUGCAUCUCAUGAAAUCCCGGCAAGCAUCAUAGGAGAUAAUGACAGAAAUUUCACUUACACAUGGAGUUGGAAGGAUUCUCUUAGUUUACUACAAGUGGCUUCCCAGGAUUUUUGUCAAUAAGGAAUCCACCUCAGAUCAGAUCUAGCUUUGUGCA